GUGAGAAACUGAGAAUACACUAGUUUGCCCUUCCCUUCUCUCUGUUCACAGUAUAGUUUGGGCCGGUGGGAGAGAGAGACUGAGACUCAGAGGAGCGCGUAGGACCAAAAAAAUGUUCCAACCAACAGACGGCGGUUACGCAAACGGGUACCACCACGACGGCGCCGCCGUGUCCGGCGGAAUCUCAGGCGGUCAUCGAGUACGCAGGGGCAGCCGCGGCAGGUCACGUGGCCGUCGAAGUAGUAUUGGCAACGACAGUGCUCCUAGGGUUUCUCAAUGGCAACAACAUCCACAGCAGCAUGAAGAUGAGGAGGAGGAAAAGGAAAAACCUGCACCUCCUUGUACGGAGUUUGAUACGGCAUAUUUCAACUCAUACGCUCAUGUUGGCAUUCACGAAGAAAUGAUUAAGGAUCGUGCCCGGACUGAAAGUUAUAGGAAUGCAAUUUUUCAGCAUCAAAGCUACAUUGCUGGAAAAGUUGUUGUUGAUGUUGGAUGUGGCACUGGCAUCCUAUCUAUAUUUUGUGCUCAGGCGGGUGCAAGACGAGUUUAUGCUGUCGAUGCAAGUGAUAUAGCUGUCCAGGCAAAUGAAAUUGUGAAGGCAAACAACCUAUCUGAUAAAGUUAUUGUUUUGCAUGGGCGGGUCGAGGAUGUUGAAAUUGAUGAAGAAGUUGAUGUUAUAGUUUCAGAAUGGAUGGGUUACAUGCUUCUUUAUGAGAGCAUGCUGGGGAGUGUUAUCACUGCUAGAGACCGCUUUCUGAAACCUGGAGGUCUUAUUCUUCCAUCACAUGCAACGCUCUACAUGGCGCCUGUGACACAUCCAGAUCGGUAUAGUGAAAGCGUUGAUUUCUGGCGUAAUGUUUAUGGGAUUGACAUGUCUGCUAUAAUGCCGUUAGCAAAGCAGUGUGCAUUUGAAGAGCCAUCGGUGGAGACAAUCACUGUUGAAAAUGUUUUGACAUGGCCACAAGUGGUGAAGCAUGUGGACUGUUAUACAGUAACAAUUCAGGAGCUAGAGUCCAUUACAACCAGAUUUAAAUUUGAGUCAAUGAUGCGAGCACCCUUUCAUGGUUUUGCUUUCUGGUUUGACGUGGAGUUUACUAGCCCAGAAGUUUUUCCUUCGAAUAAUGGUCUUCCACCCUCAUUUGUUGAGUCUUCAAACGGUUGCAUGACAGAGGGCAAUCACAGAAAGAAGCGUCCCAAUCCUAACGAAGCCCUUGUCUUGUCAACUGCGCCUGAGGAUCCCCCUACACACUGGCAACAGACAUUGGUUUACUUCUAUGAACCCUUGGAAGUAGAGCAGGAUCAGGUUAUUGAAGGCUCUCUGACACUGUCGCAAAGCAAAGAAAAUGCUCGAUUCAUGAACAUCCAUCUUGAAUAUUCAUCUGGCGGACGUUCAUUUGUCAAAGAGUCGGUCAUGCGGUAAACGUACAUAUGACCCUCUCUGGUUUUACCUAGCGAGCCUUCAUGAAGUGAAGUCGUUUGUACCUUAAUCAGUUCAACCAUUAUGGUGCUCAUACACAAUUUCUGAGGAUUCUGCUUGUACUUUAGGUAGGGAAACUACGGUAAGAUCAGGGCAUUUCCAGCCUUAACUUAAAAGCAUUGACUCUGAGAAUUUCAUUGAUGCAUAUAGGUGUAUUAAGUUAAAACUUGUAAUGUGUCGCUGCGAGAAGCCGGUCUUUCCCUGAGCUGUAAUUUGUAGAGUAGAUGCAGGAUUGGUCUAUUGAUGUGUUAGAAUUUUUGAUAAAAGUUAGAACUUCAUUUGGAUAUGAAAAGUAGAAAAGGGAUCUAAUUAUUUCUUUUCA